CAGUCGGACUACUGUUCGCCAUUAAGAAUAUGGCAGUUGUUUUUCUGUUCUGCUACUGUGAUGAUAUGAUACCAAUCAGUACGACAGGGCGUGGUAGCUUUUGGAAGAAAAUUCAAUAACUUGCCGUUCCAGUCAAUCUGCCAUCCGACGCUAAGUUGUCUGGAUACUAAGAGCAUCGUUAAAUAAUCCACAAGAAAGCAUCUAAUCAGCGAGAUGUCAAUGAAAAAACACAUGGCUAUCCUUUGGACAGCUCUGCUGUUGGGGCAUCUCUCUUAUUCCACGGGUGAGAAGAAGGAUGUGCCCCGGGAAGGGCGGGACACGUAUUUGGAUGCCUAUUCGGACACACACGUGUCUCCAGAUUUCCAUGGCAGCUCUCCUAGUGUAGUGUUCCCGGGCCAAACUUACGGCGUAACUUUUCCCUCUUACAACACCCACGGACCCAACAUCCAUCCGUUUUACGAUCCUCCUUCGGGACUAUCGGGACCAUCUGGUGCCUCAGGACUAUCAGAAUACGGUGCCCCCUUGUCACCAGUGUAUGGGGCACCCUAUGCUGCUCCUGACCAUGGUUUCAAGGGGCUACCAGUAGGUCUGGACUUUGCGACUGUGUGUAAGAUCAUUCUCAAAGUGCUCAUUUUUAAGAUGAUCGUAAAGUUUAUAGCCGUAAUUUGUGUCUUACUCUUCCUGCCCAAAUUAGACUCCGGAGGUUCCUCUGCAGGAGACAGGAAACUUCUUCUCUCCAACGAAGGCUCAGCCGACAGUUUGGAAGGUCGGCUUAACAGGCUGACUCGCCUAGUUCUUGAGAGUGUUGACAAGAAUUCAGCCCUUGAAAUUGAGAACAACUGCGCAGAGGACGCACGCUGUAGGCUUAGGCGUGUAGCCGAGUACGUUGAUGGCCACAACUCAGUCCCUAGACUGCUCACCAUGUUCCUGCUGGAGUCUUCAAAACAAUAUCACAGCGGAAGACAGGUUUAUCACUGAACUUCACUGUCAGGCCACCAACUAGAAACGGAGCUGCAAACAAUUACACAUGAAAUUAUCAGCGCCAUCUCUGCACAUCCAAAUGAUGUGAAAACAAGGUGGAUUUUUACAUAAAGUAUUCUUUGCAGCAUAGCUCAUCUGUUAUUUAUUUAUUUACGUAUUUAUAUAUCAUUGUUUGCCCGUCACGGGAGCCGAGCGGUCUAAGGCAUGCACUGUCUUCGCUCGCUCGGAAGCCGGGAUCGUGGGUUCGAAUCCCA